AUGAACCUUGCGGGAUCAAAAGACAUUGCGAAAGCUGUUGAGGUUCUCCAGAGUAUAAAGCCUUUAAUCCCUACCACGCCACUGAAGGUUUCGCUGCAUGGCCUGGGGACUUUUCCGGCUGCCGACCCAAGACACGUCGAUAUCCUCUUUGCGCAACCCCGAUGUCAUGAUUACGAUUUCAACGCUCUUUGCCACAAGAUUAGGCACGUUUUCGAGAGGACCAAUAUCGUCGACAAGACGGGUCCCCCCUUAUCGCUCCACGCCACCAUCGUCAAUGCUAGAAAGACCCGGAAUGGGGUCAUUGACGCCAGAAAGAUCAUCAAGAAAUAUCGCGACUACACAUGGAUGCGAAGCAUUCCCCUGAAGAAGAUUGGAAUCUGCCGCAUGGGUGCUGAGAAGAAGGGCCGUGAUAAGGAAUACCGAAUGCUGGCUUCAAUUGAUAUUUGA